AUGUCCGCCUACCCUGAUGAAGCCACGCUUGUUCCUCGACACGCCGCUCCCACGCCCGCUCUGAAGGCUGCCAAGGCCAAAGGACGUGGUCGGCCUAAGGGCCCCAAACGCCCACCCAGCAAGGGUACCCAGACCAAGCCCGGAGACCAGGAAAACACGAACCCCCUCUCUACGGAGUGCAUACAAGCCUGUGCGCGCAGGUAUCACCAGAUAGAGCGCGAGGGCCCGACGCCGCCUGGCUGCCCGGACGACUGGUACUGGCACGACAACUGUCACACCCGCCGCCGCCGCCAACCCACGCUCGAAGGCGGGAAGCUUUCGGGCGACGACAUCUGGUGCAAGCCGGGGUAUAAUGUCCAAUGCCGGCUUGCGCUCCUCGGCGAGCCUUGCUUUUGCUUCGCUUCCGACGAAGUCGCAGUCUUCGACAUGGACUAG